AAGCACAAAUUGUCAACAAAACAGUUCCUUUCGGCAAAAAAUAAUAAGUGUAAAAAUAACAGUGAGCCAUAACAGCGCAUAGCUGUGAAAAAUGAUCGCUUCUAUGUAGAAUCACGGCAAACGUCAACGAAGGGGGGGCGACGGAAACCGGACCAAAAACCCUCCCAGUUCCGCAAAACGCCCGAGCAUAUAGGGCGCUCCUCACCGGAGGUAGCCCCUAUUGUACUCUUCCCUUUUGACCGUCGCCCCGAAACCAAAUACCGCAACAUGACGAUUCAGCGUGCAGCAUGGCUGUUGCUAUGCCACCGGAGUCAGUUGCACCAGGUGCCGAUGAGAAAACUUUCGCUCGGCCCUCCAAGGCCGUACUCGUGGGCGGACGCCACGCUACGGUACGGCGAUAAGCGCUACCACCAAAGAAGUUUCUCCUCGUCACGCAUCGCCAGCCAGUCGAAGAAGGAGCAAGACAAGCCGGCGGAAAAGGUGCAAUCACAAGCGGCGGCAGGCAGCGCCAAGCCGAGCGUUGAGCAAGAAUCGCGCCUCGAAAUCGACACCAAGCAUGGCAAGCUGCUGGUGAAAACGACACUGGCCGACUCGAAGCUGCAGGAGAUCGUGAUCGAGAAACCAAAGCUAGAACCGACACUUAUGCAAACGAUCGCCGCUGGCCAGGAUGCACCGAAGCAGCCGAAGCAGUCCCUGCUGGCGGAGGAGGAAGCUCGCGCCAAAGCGGAAGCCGAUCUGAAGGAACAGCUGGCGGAGAAAAACCGCCAGUUGGCGAAGAAGCGAAUACGGGUGGACUUUUCGCGCUCCUCGCUGGAGCGUAACUUUAUCACACCGGUUCGCGCAAUGUCCGACUUUCUGCUGAAACCGUCCGAUUUGGAAGCGCUGGCGAAGACGAAGCGUCGCUCACCGUACGAACAGGAACCGCCCAUCACGGUCUACUGGCGGAAGGAUGUGGAGGCGAAGGCGAUCGAGGUGUGGGGCUCGCGGGAAAAUCUGCUGAAGGAAUGCUUGAAGCGGGAAAUUGAGAAAAAAAUGCACCAACAAAAUAUAUUUACGGUGAAGCGAAGACUGCGAGACUACCGGCGGGAAAUCGGCAGCCGGACGAAUGUGGUCGAUUCCGAGCCGGGACUGUUUGGAAAAUCGGGCAAGGUGGUGCUGACGGCAAUCGCAAUCAAUGCAACCAACUGUCUGUUCAAGUUCGGUGCCUGGCUGUACACCGGUUCGCACAGUAUGUUUGCGGAAACGAUUCACUCGCUGGCGGACACGAUCAACCAGCUCAUCCUCGCGUACGGCAUACACAAAUCGACCCAGAUCGCCGACUCGGACCAUCCGUACGGGUACACCAACAUGAAGUACGUGUCGUCGCUCAUUUCGGGCGUGGGCAUUUUUUGCGUCGGCACCGGCCUCUCGUUCUAUCACGGCAUCAUGGGCCUGGUCGAUCCUCACCCGAUCGAUGACUUUUUCUGGGCAUUCUUCAUCCUCGGCGGUUCGCUGGUGUCCGAGGGCGCUACACUGCUGGUCGCUAUCAACAGCUGCCGGAGUGGCGCCAAAGCUCUCGGCAUGAGUUUUAGGGAUUACGUGGCCCGCGGUCAGGAUCCUUGUGUGAAUGUAGUACUUACGGAAGAUGCGGCGGCGGUGUUGAGUGUGGCACUGGCCGCCACCUGUAUGGGACUGUCCACCUACACCGGGUCGCCGAUUCCCGAUGCAGUUGGAUCGCUGCUUGUCGGCUGUAUGCUGGGCGGUGUGGCAUCGUUCAUCAUCUACACGAAUGUGGCUGCGCUGGUCGGGCGUUCGAUACGGCAAGAGAAUCUCGACAAAAUUAACGCCGAACUGGAGAGUGACAUCAUGAUCCGGGCAAUCCAUGACGUCAAGGGUAUAGAUAUGGGGAACUCAUUGGUUAGGUAUAAGGCUGAGAUGGAUUUCGAUGGCCGCGAGCUGACGCGGGUGUAUCUGGACAAGCAGGACUUAAACGUACUGCUGGAGGAGGUGCGCACGUUCCAAACGAUCGACGAGCUGGAAGCGUUUCUGCUGAAGCACGGCGAAAACAUUGUCGAUCUGAUGGGCGGUGAAAUCGAUCGGAUUGAAAUGAAGCUGCGGAAAAAAUUCCCCGAAAUAAGACACUGUGAUUUGGAGAUACUGUAAGCGGUAAAAGUAAAGUUUGCUUCCUGUUUAUUUUUUAUGUCAUAUAUUACGAUCACGAUAUGCGGCAUCUAGAGCACUGUAAACGAGAAACGAGAAACAGCAAGCACCCAAAGGGUCGAAAUUCAAAACCUAAAACUGUCCAUUAACUACAGCCACCAGUGUUGGCCCGUUCCAGCUAACCAGAGAGAGAGAGAGAGAGAGUACAAGUGGGAAAGUAUACAAUAGGACUUAAAGCGUAAACCGUCAAGUUUUCCUCCGCCAUCCGAUUGCGAUGUGUCGGCCGGUUCAUUGUUAGACAAUAUUGUGCUACAAAUAGAACUAAUAAAUGCAAAGCAAACCCAUAAACCUAUAACAAAUCAAA